CCGCACCAAUAUUCAAAACCCUAAACCCCCAUUUCUCCUUCUCUAAAUUCCACCGGAAAUGGCCUCCGGCAUUCGAUCGGUGACUGAAAGAAGCGGCGAAGGCGUCGGAAAACCGAUCCUCAACGCCGACAACGGCGAGGAGCUGAUGCUCGUCCAGCACGAUGUCUCCAUCGUCCUCGGCAGCAGCCGCCGCGCGCCGGAAUCCCCCGGCACUCUCUACAUCACCUCCAGGCAAGUAGUGUGGCUGAGUGACUCGGAUAUGGCGAAAGGAUAUGCUGUGGACUUCCUUUCUGUGUCGCUUCACGCUGUUUCUACAGAUCCUGAGGCUUAUCCUUCCCCUUGCAUCUAUGCUCAGAUUGAGAAUGGUACUGAGGAUGAUGAAUCUGAAGAUUCAGAUUCCGAGAGUGAUGAUACGUUGAACUUAUCGAAGAUAACUGAGAUGAGACUUGUGCCGUCAGAUCCUAAACAAUUGGAUACACUAUUUGCUAUGUUCUGUGAAUGUGCUGAGCUAAAUCCUGAUCCGACUGAAGAAGUAGACGGUGAAUACGAUUGGAUUACCAGUGCUGAUCAACUUGAGGAUGACGACUCUGAAGGGGAUGCCGACCCAAAUCCAGCUCAUCCAAUUGGUGCCAAAGAAAAUCUCGGCCUGGCUCAUUCCAUAGUGCAGCUUCAGAUAAACGACCAACGAUUCGAGGAUGCUGAUGAAAUGGAGCAGGAUGGUAAAAAUGGUGAUAACUAAACUCUGCCCUUUUCUUGUCUUUCAAACUUUGAGAGAUAGAAAAGCUUUAUGGAAAUCAUAAUAACAAUGGUAUAUGGUGGAAUAUGGACAUUCUGUGAUUAACCUAAAACUGCAAAAGAUUUAGCUAACCACUCAUGAACUACAUCUUAUUUGUGACAGUAUUGUUGAACCUCUUUCACCCUUCCUAUUUUGUUAUGUGACAUAGCAUUAGUGUUGUUUGAA